AUGUAUACUCAGUGUUCUCGUGAACAUUUUGUCGCGCAGAAUUUAAACCGGUUUGCCUCAUUGAUGUCAGACCUGUUAAUCGCUUCAGCAUCGGAUAUUUUAGUCAGAGCCAAUCAACUAGAGAUAGAAAGCAAGUUAACACAAUCAUUAGUUUGCUACGAAGAAGGAAUCGGGAUUUUAUUGAAGCGUCUGAAGUCCUCAUCUGAUGGUAGGUAUCAUGAACACAUUGUGAUUAAUGAAAACGACACGGGUUAUGGGUAUCGUAAGCUGUUCAGCAGAUUUCUUGAUGAUGGAACUGUGACAAGUGUUUGCAUUGACGAUCCAUUUAUCCGAAAUUCCUUCCAAAUUGAGAAGUUUUCCCACUUCUGUGAAGUCCUCGUUGCGUCGGCAUCACCCGUCCAGCAGAUUUUACUUCGCACUGGUGUUUACACAGAAAAACCUCAGGAACAGCUAGCAAAAUUCAACAUACUGAAGCAGGAUUUAGAGUUGAACAAAGUCGCAUUCACUUGGACCUUCUCCCCUUCACUACACGAUCGGCAAAUAGUAUUCAACAAUGGUUGGGUCGUGAAGAUUGGUAGAGGUCUUGAUUACAUUAAAAAAUCGCCUCAUAAAUUCGUCGGCCUUGGAGUUCACGACUUCGACUUCCGGCCCUGCCUAGAGACUACCGUGGAUAUCUACUUCGAAGGACAAACUCCCUUUUAA